AUGUACUGGGCAAAUAUUCAAGUCUUUAGUUUUAUUCUUCUUAUUUGUAAAAUUUCAUCAAGAAGUAUAAGUUUUAGUUAUCGUUCCUGCUUACCAAAUAUUGAUUUAAUUCAUAUUGAACAUUAUCAUCCAUUGAACAGUCAACAAUUUCAAUUGCUAACAAAAGAUUUUCAUUUAAAUGUUAUUUAUCGUUAUAAAAAAGAAAAACUUCAAUAUAAAUUUGGUAAUUUAAAUACCCUACUAGGAAAUUUAUCCAAUUUCGAUUAUCAAUAUCAAUCGGCAAUUAACUAUUACCAUCAAAUUGAUACAUGGAAUCAUGUUAAUCUUAUAUUUGAUGAUAGUUUAUCACGUGUAUUUAUAUCAUUUAAUAAUGAUGAAACACGAAAAAUACCUUUAGUUGAUUAUCCCCUACUGUUUCAAAAUAAAACAAUUGAAACAAAAUUAAAUAUUCGUAUACUUGUUAAUGAACAAGAUAAAAAUCUAACAUGUUUACUGCCGUACAAAGGUUUUGAAAUCAAUAAAAACAGUUUUCUGAAUUCUUGUGUAACAAAUAUAAAGACGUGUGAACAUCGGAUAUGUACGUCGUCGAAUAAUGCUGAACAGUAUUGUCCACUAUUUAAAAUAUUUGAUUGUUAUCCGUUUACUGAUUUGCAAUGUGGAUUAAAAACAAUACCUGUUCUUUGUUCGACUAAUGAUUGUCUAAAUCAAGGAUUUUGCCAUAGUGAGAGAUUAAAAAAUUCUUCGCAAUGCGUUUGUCCAUUUGGUUUUGCUGGUGAUCAGUGUGAAUACGAUAUCAACGAAUGUCAAUCAAACCCGUGUCCAAAACAGAGUACAUGUAUUGAUGUACCCAAUGGUUAUUCAUGUGUUUGUGAUCCUGGCUGGACUGGAGUAGACUGUUCAGAAGAUAUUGAUGAAUGUACAACAACACAAACAUGUAAAGCAGCCCGAAAUUGUAUCAAUCUACCUGGAUCGUAUAAAUGUGAAUGUUUCGAAAGUUUCACUGGAUUCAACUGUGAAAUGACAUUAGAUCCAUGUUUAUCUCAACCGUGUCUUAACAAUGCUACUAAAUGUCAUUCAAUUCUUGAUCGGGAUCAUGUCCUCUACCAUUGUGUAUGCCAGUCAGGUUUCACGGGUCAUAAUUGUGAGACAAAUAUAAAUGAUUGUGAAGGUAUAAUUUGUCAAAAGAACAAUACACAAUGUGUCGAUGGUGUUAAUUCAUUUCAUUGUGAAUGUAAAUCGAAUUUUAAACGAAAUUGGGAUAGUUCCUGUGUUGAACAAAAUCCUUGCGAUUCAUCACCGUGUCAUCAAAAUGCAACUUGUUAUAAUUUAAAUGGCGGUCAAUAUCGUUGUAUGUGUCCACCGACUUAUACAGGUGUUCAAUGUGAUGAAGAUAUCGAUGAAUGUAGUAUAUUUCCGUUUAUAUGUCGAAAUGGUGGAACAUGUGUCAACGAUGUUGGCUCCUAUCGAUGUUAUUGUGCACCAGGUUGGAUUGGUUCAACGUGUGCUAAAGCAAUUGAUUAUUGUAUUUCUCAACCGUGCAAUCGAAAUGGAACGUGUAUUAAUAAAAUAAAUGGAUUCGAAUGUCGUUGUUUAUCACCAUAUACAGGUGACGUUUGUCAAUAUGAUAUUGAUGAAUGUUUAAUAGAACCAUGUGUCAAUAAUGGAACCUGCUAUAAUUACGUUGGUGGGUUUCAUUGCCGUUGUCCGACUGGUUAUUUCGGCUUUCAUUGUGAAUAUCCCCCAUCGGAAUGUGAACGAUAUCAAAAAGCGAGUUUUUCUGUCAAAUGUAAUGAUCCUCAUUUAUGCGUUGUAAAUGAUACGGAAAAAUUACGGCAAUUGAAUCAAUUAACAACAUAUACAUGUAGAACAGAACGUGAUCGAACACUGGAUAAUUAUUUUACAUGUUCAAGUGAACAGAAAUAUAAUUAUUGUCAUUGUCCUUCAAAUAUUCUUCCAUGUGCCGAUAAUUACACUGAAACUUCUAAUAGACCAUUGGUUUCAAGAGCAUCUUGUCCUUGUCAUAACGGUGGUACUUGUCAUUGGAUAAAUUCGAAAACUUAUCGCUGCUAUUGUUCACCCGGUUUAACUGGUGAGAAUUGUCUUACUCAAAUUGAUCAUUGUCUCAGUCGUCCAUGUUAUAAUAAUGGUACAUGUUUAUCACAAUUGAAUUCAUUUACAUGCCAAUGCCCAACUAGUUACAAGGGAAUCUAUUGUCAAAACCUAAUUGACCGAUGUGAAAAUAAUCCUUGUCUUAAUAAUGGUACAUGUCAAAGAUUUAAGGAAAAAUACAAAUGUAAUUGCCUAUCAAGUUAUACAGGUAAAAAUUGUGAAAUCUAUCAAACGCCUUGUCUAUCUCAGCCAUGUCAACAUCAUGGAAAAUGUUUCAAUCAUAAUAAUACAUUUGAAUGUCAAUGUCCAUUGAACUAUCAAGGCAAAAAUUGUGAACAAGCAGUUGAUUUAUGUCAUACACCAUUUAAUACCAGUUUAUGUCUUAAUGGUGGCUUAUGUUCAAUAAAUAAUCAUAAAAUUCAAUGUUCGUGCUUAUCGGGUUUUACUGGUCUUUUCUGCGAAACAAAUAUCAACGAUUGCUAUACAAAACCUUGUUCAACACAUGGCGAAUGUGUUGAUUUAGUAAAUGGUUAUCAAUGUCAUUGCGAACCUGGUUGGAAUGGUUAUAAUUGUGAAAAACGACAACACGAUAUAAGCAAAUCAUUUAUUUAUCAUCCAAGUCUGUCAUCAACAUUUCAUCUACGGAAUUCAUCGAUAAAUAUUUCACAGUAUUUACCAUAUCGUCAUUCGUCAUUACCAAUACGAAUUCAAUAUGAAUUUCGCACAACACUAGACAAAGUUUCACUUCUUUCCAUUGGAAAACGUUUUAAACAGAAACUUGUCAACAAUAGAAUCUUAACUAAUUUAGAUGAUAAAACGAUUCUAUCAACAUCUAUCGAUUAUAAUGAAAAAUGGUUUAUGAUUACGAUUGAAAUCUUUCAUUUGUGGGUUGAUGUAAGAAUUGGACUCAAUUCUUUAUCGCAAAGAUUUUUCGUUUCGAAUACAUCAUUAGCAAAUUUAAUCAAUAAUCAAGUUGUAUUCGGUUAUAAAAGUUAUUCCGGUUGUGUAAGAAAUAUUGAAAUUACGUAUAGUCAAGCUUACUCGAUUUUACUCACUGAUCAUCUGAUUGAAACAAGUGAAAAUCGAACAUUGGGAUGUGAAAGAACGGAUGCUUGUCAAAAUGCAGUUUGUCAAAAGAAUGAAUUAUGUGAAGAUCAUUGGUUUUAUCAUCGAUGUCAAUGUCAACGGCCAUUUUUUGGUGAAAAUUGUGAUCUAAGUAAAAUCCUAUUUUGUGUUCGUCUUGUUAUCUAUUCAUAUUUGCUUUUGCCUAUCAACUUAGUUCCUCCAAUAGUAACAUUCAAUCAAUCAAGUUCAGCAAAUAUAUUAUUGUCAUCGCCGAUAUCAAAUAUGUCGCUCUUCUUUAAUACUCUUCAAUCGAAUGGAACACUCUUUGAACUUGUUUCUUCAAUGAAACACUAUCGAUCUACUCGUGAUCUAACAUUACAAAAUCGAUCAGCAUCGAAGAUAAUCGGAGGAUUAAUAAAUGGCCGUUUUCGAUUGAUAAUUAUUGACGAUGGACCUAAACGGCAAGAAUUUGAAUUACGUAGUGAACAAACACUGAACGAUGGACGGCCACAUCAAAUUGAACUUGAUUUAGAAAAUUAUAGAUUAAUUAUCGAUGAAAUCCAUAAUGAAACUUUAAAAAAAGCAAAUAAUAAAUUACUGUUAAAUCAAGUUGAAUUAUUAGGUGAUGGUUCAUUAAAUGGUUGGCUACAAGGUAUACGCAUCAACGAUCAACUCAUUUCAUUUGAUCAUACAAACCAAAUAGCACAAAAUUUCAAUAUAACAAGUUUAAAUAUGAAUGAAAUCGAACAAAAUCCAUGCUAUCCAAAUAAUCCAUGUUUAAACGAAGGCAUCUGUCUCAUAACACAUUCACAAGAUUAUCUAUGUCAAUGUGAUCCAAGAUGGUUUGGUAGAAAUUGUUCGGAACCAAAUAUAUGUAAUUAUAAUAACAGUAGUCUAUGCCCGAAUGGAUUCAUUUGUAAAGUUACUGAUGAAAAUCAAGAAUGCUUAGCAACGGCCACAUUCGAAGGAAAUACGAGCAGUCUAAUAGCAACAUUACAUCAUAGUUCUGUGUCGAAAAUCACCAAUGAAAUUUCCUUUCGACUUCGUGCUCGCCCUCAAAAUGCUCAUUUAUUAACCAUAAAAAAUUUAUAUACAUCCAAUUAUUUUUCUAUUUAUCUCUUUGGUCAAAACUUAAUUUAUCGUGAUUCAAUAUUAACAACCGAUCUUAUUAUUGAAUUAAACGAGAGCGUAUUUGACGAAUGGACCACAUUUCAUUUACAUUGGUCAGAUUUUUCAACAUUAACAAUUAACUAUUUAUUUACAUACACAAUUAAUUUAUCAUUGAAAUCUUUGCUGACAUCCAACGGUCAAACACAAAUAUAUAUUGGAAAUGGUUUUCGAGGAUGUUUAGAAUUUGUUUUACUCGGAGAAAAUCUCUACAUACCAUUUUAUAAUGAUAUGAUAUACGACAAUGAUACGAGGCAAAAUAAAUUUUUUAUUGAACAAAUCGAAAACAUACAUAUUAAUAAUUGUUCAUUUAAUCAUGUAUGUGAAAAUAUCAACUGUCAAAAUGGUUUAUGUUAUAGUGAUUUUGAUCGAGGCAAAUGUGUAUGUAAUAUUGGAUGGAAUGGAGAUUUUUGUCAAAUGAAUAUUAAUGAAUGUGAACUAGGAAAUAAUUGUUCAAAAGAAAAUAGUAUUUGUGAAGAUCAUUUAGAUGGAUAUUAUACAUGCAAAUGUCAGCAAGGAUUUACGGGCCAAUUUUGUGAAACAAAUAUCGAUGAAUGUGCAUCGUCGCCUUGCGCUAACAAUGGUACUUGUACUGAUUUAAUCGAUGGGUAUUUAUGUAAUUGUACGAAGGAAUACAUUAAUUCGAAUUGUUCAAAAUCAAUUGAUGCCACCUGUUUUGGUCAAUUACAUAGCUGUGAAAAUAAUGGUACAUGUAUAUUAAAAAGUACUCAUCUUUAUGUUGAUAAUCCUGAAAGUGAAUGUGAAUGUUUAAAUGGUUAUGAUGGUUUAUGGUGUGAGAACGAUUUAUGUUCACAAUUGCAUUGCCAAAAUGAUGGUACAUGCCAGCGAUUACCCAAUGGCAAGGCAAAAUGUUUAUGCAGUGAACAAUUCGAUGGUAAUGAAUGUGAACAUGAUGUAAAUGAAUGCGAACUAGCGAAUCAAACAGAGAUUUGUUUAAACAAUGGCAAAUGUAUUAAUUAUCCUGGUGGAUAUCGAUGUCAAUGUCAAGAACAUUAUCUAGGAGAACAUUGUGAACAUAAACAUAUUUGUUUGGACCAAUCACCUUGUCUUAAUCGUGGACAAUGUAAAGUUGAUGGUGGUGAACAAUAUUAUUGUGAAUGUUUAACAAAUUUUACAGGUGUAAACUGUGAACUAUUAACAUGUGAAUCAACACCUUGCCAUCAUAAUGGAACAUGUACACAUGAUACUGAUCAUGGAUUUAUAUGUAAUUGCACAGGAACAGGUUAUGAAGAUGAACAAUGUACUACAGAAAUCAAUGAAUGUCUUAGUAAUCCGUGUCAAAAUAAUGCAAGUUGUAUUAAUGAACGAGAUGGAUAUAUUUGUGUAUGUCCAAAGGAUUUUAUUGGACUUCAAUGUGAGAGUAGACAAGAAUUUUUAAGAUCUCUUGGUUUUUCAUAUCAUUAUAUUAUAUGGCCAAGCAUGGCUAUUUUAUUACUAAUGAUUAUUACUCUAUUCACUAUUGCCGUUGGACGUGUAAAAGAAAGUCGUCGAUUACAAGGAACCUAUAGACCAGCAUUGAAUGAACAUGGUCAAACUUCACGCGUGGAAUUUAGUAUGAUUUUAAAACCCCCACCAGAAGAACGAUUGAUUUAG